CGUCUCACUCUCUUGAGCCACACCACACAGUUUCCUGUUCUUGUUCCUCAUCUUCAUCUUCAUCUUCAACUUCAACUUCUCUGAAGAGGGGAAGAGUCUGGAGCUCUGAAUUUCUACCACAGAAGGUUAGACGGAGAGCAAUCGACGGCAGCCAUGCUCGAAGAAUCGGUUCCUUCGAUCUGGGCUUCCAUGUACAGCUGGUUCACCCCAACUGUCCUCUUCCUCCUCCUCAACCUCAUGAUCGGUACGAUUGCCGUCACGUCAAGUUUGGGAAGCCACAAGCAUGAUCACAACAAAGACGAGAGACACGGACACCAUCCCCAACUCGCUCGAGCUCCGUCAGUCCUACAAAGACUUAAAUCCAUCAAUCUCUACCGCUACAGAUCGGAGGAAUUUAACGCAUUCCCCACCAUCACCACGGCGUACCAACCACCUGAGACGGAAGUCGUACAGAAAAUAGAGCCGACGGAACAACAUCAACAGGUACAAGAAGAAGAUGAGGUGGUAGAAGAAGAAGAAGAAGAAGAAAAAGUAGGAAGAGCCGUACAUCAUAACCCAGAUCAAGUUCAUGACCACCAUGUCAGCCGAAGCAAAUCCGACACGAAACCGUCGUCGGGUGACAUUCCGGUAAAGCUGCCGCAGAAGAUGAAGAAGUCUGCAACUACUAAAUCGGCCUUUAGGCAUUUCGAAGAAGAAGACAUCGUGGAACGCCGUCGACCGUCUACGGUGAGGGAGAAUGAGAGCAAAGCCAGUGAUUUGCAGUCGGUUGGAGUUGACGAAGAGGUCGAUGCAAAGGCCGAUGAUUUCAUCAACAGGUUUAAGCAGCAAUUGAAGCUGCAGAGGCUUGAUUCCAUUAUGAGGUACAAGGAGAUGCUCAGCAGGGGUGCAAAAUAAUUAAGGUUUUUCUUAUAAUUAAAAGUAUUUUAGAGUCUGUACUAGAGUAGAUCUAUUACUGUUGUUGGAAACCAAAUAAGUUUUUCAUUUUUCUUUAUAUUUUCCUCGUUUCCAUUCUUUUUUCAUUUCUAUGGUCUGUAUAAAUGCUUGUUAGUUUGAGAAAAAUCUCUGGGUAUUUAUAUUUUAGACUUCCUAGUUAUGAGUAGUGGAUUACAUUCACGGCGACUGCGAAAGGAGAGAGGAAGAAGAAGAGAAAAGGCAGAACAGAAGUAAAGCAGGAAAAGAGGUAAAGUUGCAUGUGCGUCAGAGUCGAUUUCCAAUAGCAUCUCGACUUGCUUUUCCGGAUAUUCGGUGGCAACAAUUGCAAAUUAAUUGAAUAUAUACGUCACGUUUGUCCUGUACAUAGAAGAUGAUUAUUAUUGGUUGUAGAUGGAGAGAAUUGCAUGUGCCGGAAUUUAUUUACGAGAUUAAAGAAUUCUGAUUCCUUUUA